AUCACUGUAAGUGCUGGAUUGGAGUGCUCGAGUUGCUUUUGGAGGAUUGAUGAAUGCGUCCUGGAAUUUCCUAUUUACUAAACACUCUGUGCUCCACUGCCAUGCCUGAGCCCUUGUUAAAAAUUUCCAGGGGAUCACAGCCAACCGUGAGGCCCUUGCAAGGCGGAGGAGGACGGCUUUACGCAAAGUAGUUGAGUAAUGCAAUGUGGGAGGGGUGUGUUUGAGGUGUGUGUGUUUUUGCGUGUUUGUGAACAUGCUCGUAUGUGCAAGUGAGUGAGUGUGUGAGAGAUGGGAGUUUUGCAAACAGGUGCCAAAGAUUGGAGCAGUAGUUUGCUGUGAGAGAGAUGCUGCCUGGACUUAUUGAUUGUGAGCUUCUGCAACACAAACACACACACACAACAUAUACUUCCCCCAGUGCAUGUUCAGUAAAUAUAUCUAUCAUUGCCAACUGUAGGGGUUUGGACUGUAUAAUAAACCCCCAUGUAUGCAUGUAGAGAGAGAUACUAGUGUCAGCCCUAUAGGGGGCGAUGUAGAGCUGUAGAACAAGACAGGAACAUGCUCAGAGUUGUGAAAUUCUGGUAACUUUUCCAAAAUUCACAAGUUUUCUCCAAAUCCUGGUUGGAAGAUUCCUGGAUUCAGGAGGGAAUAAGGAGGAAUUCUGGGAGUCGUUCAACCGGAGAUUUCUGAAAAACCUGGGAUUUUUGGGGAAACUUUCCAAACAUAGACAUUUUACUGAACAUUUAGUAGGCCCCUAUAUCCAGUACAUGCCAAAGUACAGUAGAGAUGCACCUUUAAGUUAGUAUAAUCCAAUUCAAGUGACCAACCACACUGAAUUCCCAACAUUGAAUUUGCAAAUAUUUAUUACUAUUAUUUUGAUAAUAUAUAAUAUAUGCCAUUUAGCAGACGCUUUUAUCCAAAGCGACUUAGUCAUGCAGGCAUACAUUUUAACAUUUUAACAUUUUACACCAAUUGUUGAGAAGGUCUGCGUGUAUGUUUGUGUUGUAGAAGCAAAAUGGCCUUCUGAAGUUACUGUAAUAGAGUCCUAUUAGAACUGUAAUUAUGGCCCAAACAUUCAUCCAGUAGUAUUUGAAUUGAUCAUGUUGUUAGGGAUAUAGACAGUGUGUGUACUGCUUUUGACUUCAGCCGCCUCUCCUUUGGACCCUGCUACUGUGCUGGGCCGGGUGAUAGAGGGAUGGACAGAUACACAGAGAUGGGAUGGACAUUAGAGAUGGAGGGACACAGUAAGGAAGAGAGGAGUAAGGGCGGAGAGGAGGCAGAAGGGGUUUUCCCUGGAAGACCAACUUGAUUAGCAGCGUAUUAGAUGGUGAUGGAGGUAGAUGUAGAGAGAAGACUUGAAGUUAUGUGUUCAAUGUGCUGUGGAAUCAGUUAUAGGGGCCUCCCGAGUGGUGCAGUGGUCUAAUCUGGGAAUCUGGGUUCGAGUCCAGGUUCUGUCGCAGCCGGCAGCCACAGGGAGACCCAUGGGGCGGCACACAAUUGGCCCAGCGUCGUUCGGGUUAGGAGAGGGUUUGGCUGGCAUCGAUGUCCUUGUCCCAUCACGCACUAGCGUCUCCUGUUGCGGGCUGGGCGCAAUGCUCGCUGACACGGUCGUCGGGUGUACAGUGUUUCCUCCGAUGCAUUGGUGCGGCUGGUUUCUGGGUUAAAUGGGCAUUGUGUCAAGAAGCAGUGUGCCUUGGCUGGGUUGUGUUUUGGAGGAUGCACGGAUCUCGACCUUCACCUCUCCCAAGUCCAUACGGGAUUUGCAGCGAUGAGACAAGAUUGUAAACUACCAAUUGGAUACCAUGAAAUUGGGGAGAAAAAAAGGUUUAAAAAAAAUCUAUAUAAUAAAAUAAAGAAUCAGUUAUAGACACAAUCAGUCAGACCCAUACAUGCUCUGAUACUCACAUUGCGUGGGAGCCCAGUGCAGUAACAAUGGUCACACAGGAGAACGGUCAUCACGUGUGUGAUGUGACUGGAGUCGACUUCCUGACUAUAGGGCUAGUAGCUUCUCCAUAAAGAAAGGAGGGACACACAGUAUUAUAUGCUGUAUGAUACGUUUUUCGUCCGAUACAAAGGUUAUAUUCUUUAAUGGUAGCAAUACCAUUUUUGUGCAUAUUUUUCUUCAGGAGUUGAUUGUAAUUAUUGUUAUUAUUUUGAUGAUUUAGACUAGUGGCAUUGAACUGUUAACUGGGAAACGGGACCAAAGAGAGACCCAUGUACCUGUAGAUCCUCAUAUGAGCUGUUUAUACUGUCCCACUGCUUACUACUAUAGGAGAAAGUCACUUCAUGCUGAUUGGAGAGUGAUGCCUACAGUAAGCAGCCGUGGCUCUCUGCUUCUCCUGCAUCCAAACUCCAGCGUCACAUGUAGAGAAAACAACACAGUGGGUAGAAACGUAGAGGAGAGAUAAUGAUAUCUAAGCUUGUAUGAAGACUGUAUUGUGAUACAUCCAUCCAUGCUGCUGCCCCAGACUAAUGAACAAGAUUUAACUGGACACUUCACAAUCACACUGCCGUUCAAAUCCUCUCUUCAUUACUACCAUGUGUGAGCAGGGCUGCACUGUGUUGUUAUAGACAUGACUCACCUAGCGUCACUUUGAUAUUGACUGCACCACGUUUAGGGACAGCAUGGGGUGGCGGUACAGUACAGUAAGAUACAGAAGGAUACUGAGAUGAGACUCAUCAUUACUGAUUUAAGCUACUGUUUCGAUAGACCACUUCUGGAAUGAAGAGAAGCGGGUCUGGGGAGUUCGGAUGCAGGAAUUGCAGGCGCGACUAGUCGUCACUCUCACCAGUGUUGGAAUGACAGUUAUCGUUCACGAUCACUUUUGAAUUAUGCAUUCUCGUUGUGGCCAUAGCAACCGUUCCCUUACACCCUCCCCCAAAUAUGUAAUUAUGCAAAUGUUAUUGAUAGUUCCUCUAAGAAGCAGAGGGCGUAGUUACAAGUUGUGUUGAAACUUCAUUGCCUUUUUUUCUUUCACCCCCCACCCCUUUAUUUUCUCGUGUUCCCCUCUUCAUCACCAAGUCCACAAUAAUAGUCUCCAUCUCUCCUUCAUCCUGUCUUCCUUCUAGAAGUCGUAGAAAUGUAGUCCUUACUUCCUUACUACUCUCAUCAUUUUAUUUCUGUUUCAUUUGCUUAAAUGGGUCGGAAGGUUUUGUUUUUGGUGAUGUUUUGUUGAGAGGAACAUAUGUAAUUAUGUACUAAUUUGGCAACAAUGGGAGAAAGAGGAAGAGACUUGGAUAGCUUUUGUUUGCUCAGAGACCCCAUAUGUGAGACAACUCACUUGUAUUAUACAAUACUAGAUGGCAACAAGAUGAGGUUAAAGAGAUUAUCUCUAACUUGGGCUUUUUCACCAUUGAAGCACAGUAAUGAGCAGGUUAAAUCCUGUUAUACCAGCUUAGGUUAAUACCUCCACUGCCACUGUAGUACUUGGCAAACGUGUGCUUACAAUCCUCUCUCUCUGUCUUCCCUUUGCAUCCCCUCAUGUAUCCUAUUUACAAAUACAUAGUGGUCUAGUUUUAUAUGUUUUUAUAGAGAAGGGUGCCUUGUUCUGACGAUCAAGCUUUUCCCCAAAGGGCUCUUUAGUAAACAAACACUGUUGGUUGGGGAGAUGUUUGGCUGUUAAGGUAGAAGAACCAUGAAAUGAACGUAGAAAGAGUUGGGUGACCAACAUCAAGUCUCCUGUUUAAUGUACAAUUACAGUGAAAUGCCUUUCUUGCAAUCUCUAAAGCAGCAUGCAUUCUAGGUCUGGCCAGGAGGUUUUCCUAGUCAGGUCACAUGGUCCGGAAACCCCCCUGGCCUUACUUCUAGGUAAUCCAAGGUUUCAGAUAGGUGGUUUGUGGUGGAUUGACUGUAGGGUGGCUGUGUAAGUCCUGCAGUGUCCCCUGUAACUAUGCUAUCUCAGUAUGUAUGUUACAAAGUGUAUUGUGUGUGUUCACCUCAGCGACCACAAGGUUUGACCAGCGCCAUGUUUGCUCCAGCUAGCCAGCGCUUUGUAUAGAAUAGGGUCUGGUCUGUCGCACAUGCAUCCGCCACAUGUAUAUCUAUAAACAAAUGAAUAUGCAAGAUCUAUACUGUGUAUUUUGGCUUUGAUUUCAUUGUGUAAGAGUUUUUAAUUGUAUACUUCAGAAGAAAUUAGGUACGUUUUUUUUAAUUGUAUUUUUUUUUUUAAAUAAAUGGGGGUAAAAAACUAACAUUUUUUGGGUCUUUUACUGUUUUGAGUUCAAGAACACUGCAGUCACUUAAGCAUAUCCUGACACCGAGAGACCAAUAAAAGAGGAAGGAAGGUUUAUUCACAAGACAACUGGGUAGAAGUGUAUAGCUCUGUUGAAAGGCACAACACUCAAAAUAACAUUGGACCAAAAUACUUUUUUUAUAAAAGGCCUUUUAUUUUCUGCAACGACUGGCAACCAAUAUAAAACAGUGAAGAAGAUGGUGGCCGUGACAUUCUUGUUCCUCUGCUUCUGGGCUGUAGGUGUCCACGUUGACCUCAGCCGUAUCCAGCUUACUCUGGAGCCAGACAGGCCCUCUCUGAGGGUGCAGCUCUCUCACACCGCCCACCUGCGCUGCUGCUUCUCAGCCACAAGGGGAGCCGUGGAAACCACCUGGUUCAUCAGCAUCCAGACGGUCAACGGCACGUCUGCCCCGCAGGGAGUGGACCAGAGAGACAACCAUGUGACAGUGGAUGGGGGGAACCUGACUGCGGCAGGGGUCAUGUGUCACACACUCAUCCUGAGGGAGGCCCGUCUGAACGACUCAGGGUUGUACCAGUGUUUUCUCAACCACAGCGCCCUGCAGCACUCUGUGUACACCCACGGCACCUUCCUGCAGGUCUACAGGCCGAUGGUGAAGAUUCUGGACAUCAGUGAAAGCACCAAGAACAGCAUCCUGACUGCUGAGGCAAUGUUACUGAUGGUGGCAGUGCUUCUGCAUGGUACCAUGAUGCUCUGUAAGACGAAGAAACUCAACCAACUGAAGAAGAAAAGGGUCAAAGAGGAAGAGGAGAAUAUCUAUGAGGGUCUAAAUCUGGAGGAAUGCUGCUCCACAUAUGAUCAGAUCCAGCGCUCUCUGGUGCAGGGCCCCUACCAAGAUGUGGGAAACAUGAUUAUGGAGGAGGAGGAAAUCCAACUGGAGAAGCCUUGAAUGAGAGGGGGGAGGAAGAGAGGGCGGGAGAAGAGUAAUUUAAUAGAACAGAGUUGUGGUGAGGGUUUUGAUAUGAAUUUUCUUCAAAACUGCCCCCCCCCCACACACACACACACACUUAUGUUUGAAUUUAUAGAGGUGACCUGCGUUUUCCUUGCAGCCUUUGCCUAUAUUUGAAUCUAAUUUCUUAGUGGACCAAAAAGGCAGUAACCUACAAUGUCAGAGGGAAUUUUGCUUUCAAUUUAGCCUUUCAUUACAAAUGCCAAUACCUAAACACUUUAUAUUCAUAAAAUAUAUAUUUUUUCUGCAUGUUUGUAUUUUCUAUGCUUUUGUGUAUGCAUUGGCCAAAUGUUUUUUUCCCUCCAAUCUCCAUAAUUCAAGGCCUGAAUUGUGCUUAGUAAAUAAAAUUAUAAAACUGA